AUGUCUGAAAAGGUUGAAACCCAUGAAUUCACCGCUGAGAUCUCUCAGUUGAUGCUGUUGAUCAUCAACACCGUCUACUCCAACAAGGAGAUCUUCUUGCGGGAAUUGAUUUCCAACGCUUCGGAUGCUUUGGACAAGAUCCGUUACGAAGCUCUUGCCGACCCCCUGAAGUUGGAAUCGGAACCCGAAUUGUUCAUCCGCAUCACCCCCAAGCCCGAGCAAAAGGUUCUCGAAAUCAGAGACUCGGGUAUCGGUAUGACCAAGGCUGACUUGGUCAACAACUUGGGUACCAUCGCUAAGUCGGGUACCAAGUCGUUCAUGGAAGCCUUGUCCGCCGGUGCCGACGUGUCGAUGAUCGGUCAAUUCGGUGUCGGUUUCUACUCGCUUUUCCUCGUCGCCGACCACGUCCAAGUCAUCUCGAAGCACAACGACGACGAACAAUACAUUUGGGAAUCCAACGCCGGUGGUAAGUUCACCGUCACCCUCGACGAAGUCAACGAACGCUUGGGCCGCGGUACCAUCCUCAGAUUGUUCUUGAAGGACGACCAACUCGAAUACUUGGAAGAAAAGAGAAUUAAGGAAGUCGUCAAGAAGCACUCCGAAUUCGUGUCGUACCCCAUCCAAUUGGUCGUCACCAAGGAAGUCGAAAAGGAAGCUCCCGAAGAAGAAGAAGAAGUCAAGGAAGACGACGACAAGAAGCCUAAGCUCGAAGAAGUGAAGGACGACGAAGAAGAAGACAAGAAGGAAAAGAAGAUGAUCAAGGAAAAGGUCACUGAAACCGAAGAGUUGAACAAGACCAAGCCCUUGUGGACCAGAAACCCUUCGGACGUCACCCAAGAAGAAUACAACGCCUUCUACAAGUCGAUCUCCAACGACUGGGAAGACCCCUUGGCCGUCAAGCACUUCUCGGUUGAAGGUCAAUUGGAAUUCCGCGCCAUCUUGUUCGUGCCCAAGAGAGCUCCCUUCGACGCUUUCGAAUCGAAGAAGAAGAAGAACAACAUCAAGUUGUACGUCAGACGUGUGUUCAUCACCGACGAAGCCGAAGAACUCAUCCCCGAAUGGCUCGGCUUCAUCAAGGGUGUCGUUGACUCCGAAGACUUGCCCUUGAACCUUUCGAGAGAAAUGUUGCAACAAAACAAGAUCUUGAAGGUGAUCAAGAAGAACAUCGUCAAGAAGUUGAUCGAAACCUUCAACGAAAUUGCUGAAGACCAAGAACAAUUCGACAAGUUCUACACCGCCUUCUCCAAGAACAUCAAGUUGGGUAUCCACGAAGACGCUCAAAACCGUGCCGCUUUGUCGAAGUUGUUGAGAUACUACUCGACCAAGUCGACCGAAGAAAUGACCUCGUUGUCCGACUACGUCACCAGAAUGCAACCCCACCAAAAGAACAUUUACUACAUCACUGGUGAAUCGAUCAAGGCUGUCGAACUGUCGCCUUUCUUGGACGCCCUCAAGGCCAAGAACUUCGAAGUUCUCUUCCUCGUUGACCCCAUUGACGAAUACGCCAUGACUCAACUCAAGGAAUUUGAAGACAAGAAGCUCGUUGACGUCACCAAGGACUUCGAACUCGAAGAAACCGAAGAAGAAAAGGCUGAACGUGAGAAGGAAGACAAGGAAUACGAACCUUUGACCAAGUCGCUCAAGGAAAUCUUGGGUGACCAAGUCGAAAAGGUUGUUGUCUCGCACAAGUUGGGCCCUGAAGCCCCCGCUGCCAUCAGAACCGGUCAAUUUGGCUGGUCGGCCAACAUGGAAAGAAUCAUGAAGGCUCAGGCUUUGAGAGACACCACCAUGUCGUCGUACAUGUCGUCGAAGAAGACCUUCGAAAUCUCGCCCAAGUCGCCCAUCAUCAAGGAAUUGAAGAACAAGGUCGACGCCGACGGCGCCGAAGACAAGACCGUCAAGGACUUGACCACCUUGUUGUACGAAACCGCGUUGUUGACUUCGGGUUUCUCGCUCGACGACCCCACCCUGUUCGCCAACAGAAUCAACAGAUUGAUUCAAUUGGGUUUGAACAUUGACGAAGAAGAAGCUGAAAUUGCUGCUGCCGCCGCCGAACCCGCUGACGCUCCUGUGGAAUCGGCCAUGGAAGAAGUUGAUUAG